CUCCCGCCCAGCAGCGCUCCACCUGCGCCGCCAUGGCCGACGACGAUGCCGCGCCCUCGUUUGCCAGCACGGCCGAGGAGCUGCUCUGGCUGCGCGAGCGCGUCAAGGACCUCUCCGACACGCUGCGCGAGACCGAGGCGUCGCUCGUCGAGUUCGAGGAGAGCUCCAAGGACGUCGAGCGCGAGAUGGACCGCGAGAUCCGCGACGCCGAGCGCCGCGAGCGCGAGCUCAACGCCAAGGACGAGCGCAACCGCAGCAUCAUCGACGAGUGGAAGGCCAAGUACCAGAACGCCAUCGCCGAGCACAACAAGUACCACGCCGAGAUGGACCGCGAGAUGAGCGUCGUGCGCGAGCAGCAGCGGCGCUACAAGGAGAGCAUUCGCGACAUGGAGGUGAACAACGACGAGCUGGAGAAUGCCGAGCGCAUGAUCGCCUCGUCGCUGGCCGAGAUGGAGUCGCGCUACAAUAAGGCGCUGGAGCGCACAGUAAUGCUCGAGGAGGAGCUGGUGGCCAAGGCGCGCCUGGAGGACGACAACCAGCGGCUGCGCGACGAGCUGCAGGAGCUGCACGAGGAGCUCUCGAUUGCACGCGAGCAGGUCGCCGCCGCACAGAGCGCACAGGCCGCGUCUGCUGCGCCGGCUGCCGCCAGCCGCACCACAUCGCGCGCCGAGCCGGGCGCCGGCGACGAGAUGAGCCUGGCCGACCUCGUGCACCGGCCGCGCACCGCUGCCUCGCGUCCAGCCUCACGCCUCGGCGGUGCGGCAUCGCCAGGCACCGGGCGCAGCUCGGCGGCGGGCCACUACCCGCCCAUCAGCGGCUCAGCGCGCACGCCGGCGGCCAAGGCCAUGCUCGGGCACGCGCGCCGCGGCAGUCGCGACGUCACGGGCCUCACCGUCGGCGACGACAGCCCGAGCCUGCGCGCGUCGCGCAUGCGCAAGGAUGUCGGCGCGCCGGCCCCGCGCGCCAGCGUCGCAGCCGCACGCACGCCGCUGCGCCGUCCGCUCGGCAGCACGGUGCAGGCAACGAGCGGCAAGAGCCUCAACAUGAUGCACGUGCUGCAGUCGCGCAUGCGAGCGCUCGAGUCGCGCAUCUCGUCGGCGCGCGACCUCUCGCGCAUCGCGCCGGCCGUCGACCUCGACCGCAGCGCGAUCCCGCGGCCUGCCUCGCGGCUCGGCAGCAGCACAGGGCCGGGCGCGUACGGCUCGCCCACGCCGACGGGCACGCCAGGCCCGCCGGUCCGUGGCCCGCGGCCGUCCUUCGACGGCAAGGCGUCCGUCAGCGGCAUCCCCGUGCCGCCGUCUGGGCUGAGCAAGUCGACACGCCGGCCGGCGUCGCGCCUGUCCAUGGCCAGCGGUGGCAUCGGCUCGUCGUCGUCGCCGCCGCUGCCCUCUGCCCAACUGCCGCGCUCGCAGACGCCGACCUUCUCGGCGGGCGCGCACGGCGGCGUCCGCGGCGCCAGCCCGCUGGGCUUCCUCGACUCGGAGCCCGACAUGCACUCUGGGCGCGCAUCGGCAGCGUCCGUGCGCCGGCGCAUCACGACCGUCGGCGAGCGCGGCGCGUCGACGCGGCCGCGUGGCAGCACCACAGUGGGGCUGUCGACGGCCGAGGCCAAGGGCGCGCCAGCGGGCGGCGUGGUCUCGGCGCUGCGCGCACCCUCCUCGCGCCCACUCAGCGGGACGACCGCCGCCGGCGCGGCCGCGGGCCCGCCCGUCUCGUGGCGGCCCACCGCGAGCGGCCGCCUGCGGAGCAGCUCGACGGGCUCGAGGUGACGUGGCUGUCCGCACUGUAUACUAGCUUGUCACGAAGUCAU